UACACACAGUCUGGUCCUGGCGGUUGGAUGUGCUUCCCUGCCUCUUCUCUGCGGCCUCCCAAUUCCCGCCUCCGCCACAUUCGGCAUGACCGCCCAGGGGCCGGGUGACCCCGGGCCGAUUCGAGGACCCUCACCUGGAGACAUCGGCUGCUCUUCCGGACCUCCCGAGGGCCCGGGCUGCCCCCAGCGGCCUCUCGGGGGCCUACUGGUGCUCCGUGUCUGAGCCUUCUCUCUCACACAGGAAGUUGGCCCUUUUUUCCCUCCUCUUCUCUGGCGCGGUUUCACGCCACUGCAGUGACUGUGUCACUCUCGAACCCCUCUCCAUGCUCUCCUCCUCCCUCAGGGGACUUCCUCUCUCUGACAAGCCUCAAGCGGCUCAACGCAUGAAGGUGUGACAGGUUGGGCUCGUGGUUUUUUCUUCUGAUCUGUUUUGGAAUUUUUUUGGCCACCGUUGCUUAGGAGGGGACUCAUGACGGCACAGCGAUCAUUUUGAGGAUGCCCGCUGGUUUUGGACUACUCUCUCUGGCUCUAGGAGACUGUCUGGGGUCAACUGUGGUUGGCACCUCUAUCCACAUGUCACAGAAGCACUCGUGAAGUCCUCAAGUGACUUCCUGUUCUUUGCUGCUCCUGUUUUCUUUCUUUGUCUCCCUUCCCGUCACUUCUCUAGCCAGCGUCCGAUUUGCUCGGCUGGGAUUUGACACGAGGGUUUUCGGAGGAGCGUUCCAUUGCUGAAGAGAGGGAAGGUCACCCACGAAAGUGUUUCAGGAAGAGAUCAGUCAUGGGGAACGCUGCUGGGAGCAUGGAACUGCCCCUGGGCCGGGAAGCCAAGAGCGUGGGGACCACCCUGGCCCCGGUGGCUCCCCGCAAGCAAUCGGCAAACCCCAAACUGCCCAUGCCUGGAGAGGAGGAGCUGGAGGAGCGUUUCAAUGCGGUGCUGAAUUCAAUGAACCUGCCACCAGACAAAGUGAAGCUUCUGCAUCAGUAUGACAAUGAGAAGAAGUGGGAGCUGGUCUGUGAUCAGGAGCGCUUCCAGGUGAAGAACCCCCCCUCAGCCUAUCUUGUUAGGCUGAAAAGCUACUUGGACCAAGGGGGGGUUUCACGGAAGGUGGGUGUCCCUCUCCACCGUUUCACGUUUAAACGGCGCGUACAGGAGUCAACCCAGGUCCUGAGAGAGCUGGAGAUUUCCCUGCGAACCAAUCACAUUGGCUGGGCUCAAGAGUUUCUCAAUGAAGAAAACCGUGGUCUGGAUGUGCUGGUGGAUUACCUGUCCUUCGCCCAGUGUGCCGUCACGUAUGACAUGGAAAGCACAGAUAAUGGUCCUCUGCCAGCAGAAAAAGCAAAGCACUUGGAGAAAUCGGUGGAGGACCUGACCAAGAGCGCCAGCAACUCGCCCACUCACGGUGCCUCCAAGGCAGGCCGUUCCUUCACUGGGCGAUUCAGCUCCCUGCACAGCCGGAAAACACUGCGAAACUCACGCAUUGUCAGCCAGAAGGACGACGUCCAUGUGUGCAUUAUGUGCUUACGUGCCAUCAUGAACUACCAGUCUGGGUUCAACCUGGUGAUGACCCACCCACGCUGUGUCAAUGAGAUCACGUUGAGCCUCAAUAACAGGAGUCCCAGGACCAAGGCACUGGUCCUGGAGCUACUGGCAGCCGUGUGCUUGGUGAGAGGAGGACAUGACAUCAUCCUCAGAGCCUUUGAUAAUUUCAAAGAGGUAUGUGGCGAGAAGAACCGUUUUGAGAAGCUGAUGGAGUAUUUCCGAAAUGAAGACAGCAACAUAGACUUCAUGGUGGCAUGCAUGCAGUUCAUAAAUAUCGUUGUCCACUCAGUGGAGAAUAUGAACUUCCGUGUACAUCUGCAAUAUGAAUUUACCAAUCAUGGACUGGAUGAUUACCUGGAGAAGCUGAAGUUCACGGAGAGUGACAAGUUGCUGGUGCAGAUCCAGGCCUAUCUGGACAAUGUGUUUGACGUGGGGGCACUGCUGGAGGAUGCCGAGACCAAGAACGCUCUGCUGGAACACAUGGAGGAGCUUCAGGAGCUGAACACCAGACUGCAGGAGAGUGAGGCUGAGGCCAUGGAGAAGGUGGCCGAGCUUGAGAAACAGUUCAUCCAGGCCACUAAGGAAGUGGAGGUGCUCAAGGAGAGUCUUCGGGAGUCGUGCUCUCAGGUGACAUUCCUUCAGCAGCGAGAGAGAGAGCGUGAACUGGAACGAGAGCGGGAAAAAGAAAGGGAGAAGGACCUUGAGCGCUCCAUCCAGAGCUCUUCAGAGCUGGAGGCCAAGGUGCAGGAGCUGCAGGAACAAGGUGUCAUCCGCAUGGAGCGCUCUGCCUCUGGCAGCCUGAAAAUCCUUGUGGUGCCCAGUAUCAUCACAGAGUUCACUCCUAAUCCUGACCCUCACACAGAGGCACACACUUCUGGCAGUGAAAAAGACCUCACUGUGCCAAUGACCGAGGUUGAUGGUCCUCCAGCACUUUCUCCACCAGCACCACCUCCACCACCAGCUCCUCCCCUCUUAGACGCUACAAAAUCUUGUGGUCCAGCUCCACCUCCCCCUCCCCCUCCCCUGCCUGGUGCUUUGGUCCCACCUCCUCCUCCACCACCCCCUGGGGGAGGGCCUCCCCCACCACCUCCACCGCCAGGGAUUGGACCUCCACCUCCUCCAGGAGCAGAUCCUCGCACUCCAGGAACAAAAAGUAAGAAGCCUAUUCAAACAAAGUACCGUAUGCCACUGCUAAACUGGCAGGCCCUCAAGCCCAACCAGGUGACUGGAACCGUCUUCAAUGAGUUGAACGAUGAGGGGGUGUUAGAGGAGCUUAACAUGGAGGACUUUGAAGAGCAGUUUAAAACCAAGGCCCAGGGUCCUCCAGUGGCCAUUAGCACCAUGAAAAUGAAGGCAGCCCAUAAGAGCUCCAACAAGGUGUCUCUCCUUGAGACCAACCGGGCCAAAAACCUGGCCAUCACCCUACGCAAGGGGGGAAUGAGCACGUCUGAGAUCUGCACCGCCAUCGAGACGUAUGACCAGAAGUCUCUACGCUUGGACUUCCUGGAGCUUUUGGAACGCUUCAUCCCAACAGAGUACGAGAGGAAAUUAAUCCAGAACUACGAGCGGGACGGACGGCCUCUGGACGAGCUGUCGGAGGAAGACCACUUCAUGAUGCGUUUUGGGAAGAUCCCACGGCUAUCACAGCGCAUCAGUACCCUGACCUUCAUGGGCAACUUCCCAGACAGUGUGCAGCUCCUGCAGCCCCAACUGAACGCUGUCAUUGCAGCUUCAAUGUCCAUCAAGUCCUCUGCCAAGUUAAAGAAAAUACUGGAGAUCAUCCUGGCUUUUGGAAACUACAUGAACAGCAGCAAGAGAGGGGCAGCGUAUGGGUUCCGUCUCCAGAGUCUGGACCUGGUGAGUACAGCGCACCUGGCGCUUCUAGACACCAAGUCCACUGACCGCCGCCAGACUCUUCUGCACUACAUUGUCAGCAUCAUCCAAGAGAAGUACCCAGAGAUGCUGUCCUUCCACACCGAGCUGCACUUUAUGGACAAGGCCGCAUUGGUAUCUCUGGACAGCAUUCUCCAGGAUGUGCGCUCCCUGGAGAAAGGUAUGGAGGUGGCCCGGAAGGAGUUCAUGGUGCAGGACGACAGUCCAGUGCUCAAGGAGUUCCUGAAGACCAACAGCGAGGUGCUGGACAAGCUGGUGGCGGACGGCAAGACAGCUCAGGAGGCCUAUGUUUCAGUGGUGCAGUAUUUUGGCGAGAACUCAAAGACUACACCACCCUCCAUGUUCUUCCCUGUGUUUGUGCGCUUCAUAAAGGCUUACAAGCAAGCCCAACAAGAGAAUGAACAGCGAAAAAAGCAGGAGACCCUAAGCAGUGAGGAUGCUGUCGAGAAGCCUCCUACCUCCAACAAGAGCGAGUCGCUGGCAAACAAGAUGCCUAUGAUGCCUAAGAUCCCCCAAAUGGAUCUGAUAGCAGAGCUGAAGAAGAGGCAGGGAAAGCCUUUGGUGCGAGAAGGGAAGGAUGGGACCAUUGAGGACAUCAUCACAGACCUCAGAAACCAGCCAUACAGGCGAAUGGAUGGAGCGCGCCACAGCUCCAAGAAGAAGAAUGGACAGCAACUUCACGUGUCCUCAGACAUCUCUCUAUGAGACACCUUGGGCUGACCUGCUCAAACACAAUGAUACACACAUUCGACACACCUUAAGUAGUAGCCAAAUACUUUUCCCUUGCUUCUGCUCCAGAUAACUCCGCAAAGCAUGACUCCAGACCAGCUGUAUUAUGAGAACACUGCUUUUUCCACUACAACCCCAUCUAAUGAAACACAAGACUACAUGGCAGAAAUCUACACCCUUACCUUAAAGAACGAUGAUAUGAAUGUGGUUUACUGUAUGAGAUUUGGUGACUCGUAAGUAUCUCUGUGUUCAGGAGUGUUUGAAGGUGGAAUCAGUUCUACCUGAUAUGAUCUGACAUGACCUGAGGAAAGUGGACAAGAAUAGACACCCUUUGAUUUACGCAAAUAGACCGUUCUUCAACCCCUUACGUAAGUCAAAAGUUAAAUAUGUCAGAUUCCCCUUCCUCCGCCACCAUUCAACAUAGGCUAUCCCACCCUAACCCUAGGCAUUUGUAUUUGCAUACGUAUAAUUCUCUAGUAAAUGUCAGACAUAUUAAAAGUCUGUCAUAUUAUUAUUGUUUUCAUGCUAGCUGUUCCUUUCACGUGAUCCUUUACACGUGCAGCAUCCUUCACUAAUGUAUUCAUAGUCAAAGCGGCUAACCUGGUUCCCGUGCUAUAGACCAUAAUCUUUGUCCACCUUCAUUCUUCCUUUUGAUUUUUCAAUUUAAUCUCCAAAUGAAGUGCUGUACGCUUGCAAGACGGUUCUCGUUUUUUUUUUUCAUGUGCACGUUUACCACCAGGUAAUGUAAAUAAAAUGAAAAGAGUAAAAAAUAUGCAAAAAGCACUACACUAAUGAGAGGAGAUGCAUUCAAGGGUCAAAACACGUGAAUUGGGAAGACGCAGCUUCCUGCCUUGUCUGGCUAUAUCGACUUGCGUCGAACGUAUUUCAGAUGUUUUGCGUAAAGUAAAAACGCUAUCAGUAAAUAAUGUAUAUGCCCGGAAUUUUUCACGUAAAUCCGGAUUUACGUAAGUCAAAUUUACGUAAGAACAGGUGUGUCUGUACAACAUUUUUUCCUGUUCUCUUCUUUGUCAAAUAAUUGAUCUGGUAGUUUCUGGAUGUGCAGGUAGGAGAUAUAUACUGUAGGCAACUUCUUGGCAUAGAGCAGAGGUUCAUUUGAUACAAUGGGUGUAAGUCUAAGAGGCCAGGCUCUGCCUUCGGAAAAGGAAGUGGCAAAUAGAGCAGUAACACUGGGUUGUAACACAUUUCAGUUAUGUUAACAGUUAUGUUAAUGACUGUCCACAGACAUCACAAAAACAUAAACUGAAAUAAUUACAUAAUUCAUAUUGUUUACUUAAAGGGAACGUCAUCAAAACCAAAGCAAAUUCCUCAAUCCUUAAGCAAUAUUAUGUGGCUUGAUUUGGCAGACUUGCGUGGUUUAUUCUACUACAAACGGAAUUAUUUUCAUUUGUAUGUUUUUUACGGUGUGUGAAUUAUUUUGGAGCCAUAUUUCACUUUGAAAACCGACAGUCGCUCAGCAAACAAUAUGUGGUAAAAAUGAAUAAACAAAACAAUGAAAUAUAUACAAGAAACACAGAGCCUACAUGUAUAGUAUAUAAGAUGAGAAUAUAAAGUAAUAUAUUCUUUAGAAUAUUUAAAGCCAUUUUUGUACCUGCAGGCUUUUUUCUGUAUGUGGCAUGCAAUCAGCUGUGAAUGAGACUAAAAUGCAACUCACUGUAAAGUAUUAUUACUCUACACUGUAGCAUCUAUCUUUUUUGCAGUGCAAGCAAAGGACAAUUUGUAUAAUGACAGUUUUUAAUAUGAAUAUGUAAGAGAU